GCGGAAUCUAAAACCCUAGCUUCAAGGUUCUCGCGGUGGCGGCAAUGGCGGCGAAGAAGAUGCUCAUCUAUUCUGCUUCUCCGUCGCCGGCGAGGCAAGUCACGCCCUUCUGGAAAGAGAAGUAUGAGAGGGAGGCUGGAAGGUAUUGGGAUCUCUUCUAUCGGCGUCACAAGGAUAAGUUCUUCAAAGAUCGGCAUUACUUGGACAAAGAAUGGGGCAGCUAUUUCAAGGCUCCGGAUGGCAAGAAUCUUGUAGUUUUGGAGGUUGGUUGUGGAGCAGGGAACACUGUAUUCCCUUUAAUUGCUAACCAUCCUAAUAUCUUUGUCCAUGCUUGUGAUUUUUCACCACGUGCUAUCGACUUAGUCAAGGCACAUAAAGAUUUUUCAGAAGAUCGAGUAAAUGCAUUUGUUUGUGAUCUCACUCAGCACAAUCUCAAUGAAAUUGUAGCACCAUCAUCAGUUGAUGUGGCAACUAUGAUUUUUGUGUUGUCUGCAGUAUCUCCAGAAAAGAUGCCUUUAGUAUUGCAGAAUAUCAGGAAGGUUCUCAAGCCUAAUGGCCAUGUGCUUCUCCGGGACUAUGCUGCCGGCGACCUUGCUCAGGAAAGAUUCACUUCCAAGGAGCAGCAAAUUAGUGAAAACUUUUACGUCAGAGGUGAUGGUACUCGUGCAUAUUAUUUUUCAAAUGAUCACCUGACAACUUUAUUCGAACAAAAUGGAUUUGAGACCGAUGAAAUUAGCGUCUACAACAAGCAAAUGGAGAACCGAUCUCGAGAAUUGGUGAUGAAUCGGCGUUGGAUUCAAGCUGUAUUCUCCCUGAACUUUUCUGGUGGGCAAGAAUCAGUAGAGAGACCUGGUAAGGAUUUGUGCACAAAGGAUCCUGCAAGUGACCUUGAGAUCGACAUGUCUGAAAGUAUCACCGCAAUGUUUGACUCCGUGCCAUCCAUCAAUGAGAUUACUGAGAUCAAACUAAAAAACUGCAACUUUAGAAUAAAAAUACUCGGGAAAGAGCAUCAACACACAUGCAAAUCAACCGGCCUUAUGCUGUGGGAAUCCGCCCGCUUUAUAUGCAAUGUAUUAUCCGACAACCCUUCGAUUGUUUCGGGGAAAAAGGUUUUGGAAUUAGGCUGUGGCUCUGCCGGUAUCUGUUCCAUGGUAGCGGCUCGAUCAGCAGAACUCGUGGUUGCCACCGAUGGAGACAAAGAAUCAUUAAACCUCCUGAAUGAGAACAUUGCCGCAAAUGUAGAACCAAACCUACUCACUAAACUUGUCGUCAAGAAGUUGUUAUGGGGAAACACCGAUGAUAUAAAGGACAUCAAGGAUCUCGCCGGAGGCUUCGAUGUCAUCAUAGGCACUGAUGUUACCUACAACUCUGAAGCUAUAUCUCCUUUGUUUGAAACUGCGAGGAAGAUGAUAUCUGAAGAUUUUCAGGGCGAAAGAAAACCGGCUUUAAUUCUAUGUCAUAUCCAAAGGAGAGUCGAUGAAAAUUUGAUACUCUCCGCAGCUUCGAACUAUGGAUUCAAGCUCAUCGAUAAGUGGUUUAAUGGAAUUGAAUCAAAUGGUGGAAUUAUAAGUUCUUGGUUCUCAAUUGAUGCUGCAACUUGUAACAAUGGUCUCCAAAAUGCACCAUUGACCAUUUUGUAUUUCUCUCUGUGAUGAUAUUUUGUUGAAUUCUUAUUAUUUGGUUUUUGAUU